AUGUGUGUGAAUGAUGCCCCAACGACAAGCGGUAAAGUUAACAUCCUCAUCUACUCUCUCGUUGGGCCAAAAUGGCUCGAAAAAAACAAUCUAACCAGCUCGGCACCAAUCUGCUUGACACACAUCUUCAUUUUGGAAGGUGACAAGGCACGGCUCAAAGCUCGAAUCCCACCAACUGGCCCAAGACAGAGUCUUUAUCUUGUCCGACAGACUGACAUGGUUGCAGAAAGACGUUGUGUUCAGCCGGUUGGAGGAAAUCGCUUGCCAAUGGAAUACCCGAAACCGGACUGUAUGCUUUCCGAUGAUCCAACGGGAGAUUGUAAUGUCAACGUCCAGCGUCGACGCCAGCAGACCUGCGGCCCCAGUUGGUAG